AUGAAUAGAGAAAGGGUAUUCGAAUUCCAUAAACAUUUUAUACAAACUACUGAUUCGUCUGAUUGGAAUGCUAGGUUAUGUUGGCUUAAAAAAGUUUUGUUAAAAUUAAAUGAAACAGAACAUAUUCACUACGAAAUCAAGGGAUCUGAAAUUUACGACAUUCUCCCUUAUAUCGCACCAGAAUUCUUAGAAAUCUCAUGGGGAGAAUCAAAACUACUUACUCAAUCCGCAAAUAUCUAUCGGUUUGGUGUAAUUAUGACCGAG